AUGGAUCCUCUACCUCCAAUAAAUAAAGUAUUUGCUUUGAUCUCACAAGAAGAAAAUCAGAGAACGAUUGGCACACAAAUGGUUAAUGGGAAUGAUCUAACUGGAGCACCUACAUUUGCCUUUAAAUCUGAAUCGAUGAGGACAUCAAUUGCAUCAGGAUCUAAGACUGCAAAUAUUAAGAAGAAAGAGAGAUCUUAUUGCACACAUUGCAAUAUUCAUGGACACUCAAUUGAUAAAUGCUAUAAAAUUAAUGGAUAUCCUUCUAGUUACAAAAAAAGAUCGGGAUCUUACAACAACAAUUUCUCCAGAUUUAAUCCAAUAAAUCAAUUUUCCAUACCAUUGCGGGCACAUAAUGAAGUGGACUCAGGAGCUACUAAACAUGUAUGCUCCAUUGAUAAUGCAUUCAUAAACAUGAGACUUAUUGAAGAUUCAAAUGUGACCUUACCCAGUCAUUUCAAGUUCAAUCUGUUGUCGGUUAGUGCAUUGACCACUGAUUCUCAAUUCUCAUUAUGUUUCUUUCAUGAUGGAUUCAUCAUUCAGGAUGCCAAAACCAAGAGGAUGAUUGGCAGGGGUGAUCGAAUGCAGGAUCUAUAUUUUCUGGAUACAAGAAUUUUGAAUUUCACUUCUAUCACUUUUGUCAAUAAUGUGUCUACCCAUAGGAGAUUGUCUUUUGAGUUGAAUAACAGGUUAUCAAACAACCUCUUUGAUCUUAUACAUUGUGAUAUAUGGGGACCUUACCAUGUGACCUCACAUUCUGGACACAAUUAUUUUCUGACCUUAGUAGAUGAUUGUUCUAGAUUUACAUGGAUAUAUCUGUUUAGGAAUAAAUCAGAUGCUAAGACCAUCAUUCCUAGAUUUUUCAGCAUGCAUUUACUGAAUUUUUUGCUGAAAAGGGAGUCAUACAUCAAUAUAGUUGAGUGGAAAGACCACAACAAAACUGACGUAGCGGAACUAUUAUAG